CGUAAGAUUUUUCUAAAGUGGCGUUCCUUUUAUAUUUUGUUUUAAUAUGAUUUAAUAUAAGUGUUAAGAAAAUUUCGUACCAAUUUGUUUAGUUUAUAAAUUCUCUUUAAUUGCAAAGUGUUUAGAAAAUAUUAUUUUGCUAAGAAGAAAGUUUGAUAUAUAAUCUAAUAAAUGCAUGUGAGAAAUGUAUAUUGAAAUAUAACAAAGAAAGUGAAUGAAAUGGAAAACCUAAAAAUAAAUGAUGGUUUAUUUGCAAAAGUUCAAUAUUAUGUUGUGGGAAAUUUGGAUGAUGAGGUUGAAAGACUUCUUAAAAAUGGUGGCGCUCAGUCAAAACUGUAUCCAUCAGAUAUGGUUACUCACUUGGUGUGUGCGCCAAAUUAUACUGAAGAAGAACUUAUCAUGAACUUGGAUUUGUAUACUUUAAUACCUGUAACAGAACAAUGGAUUAUACACUCCGCUAAGCUUGGUCGUUUAGCAUCUACAAAAGCUUUCGAUCCUAGUAUAUCUCGCCUAUUCAAAGGGCUUAGAGCGGCAAUAACAAAUGUUAGCAUUAAUGAUCAUAAAAGCCUUUAUGCCAUACUUACAUUUCAUGGUGCUUUAGUAACUCCCACUUUUGGUCCUAGUAAUACACAUUUAAUAUGUGGACAAGCAUCAGGUAACGAAUAUUCUAAAGCUAAUUCACUGCCAAAAGGCGCUGUAGUUAACGUUGUAACACCUGAUUGGAUCAUUGAUUCGAUAAAACAAAAUAAUGUCCUUUGUUGUGAAGCCUAUCAUCCACGUCUGCUGAAGGCUGUUGAAAAGCCAAAGAAUAAUAAACCAACGCAGAUAAACAAAAUAACUGCACCAUCAAACAUUAUUUCAACAUUUGUUCCAGAACCAACAUUAUCCAACAUUCUUGGAUUUGAUGACAUAACUGAUAAAACGAAUAUUGAUCAAACCAUAAGUAAGACUGAUGAAAAUGCUGCUAAAAGUAUCGAAAAUAUAAAACUACAACUACAAGCAUCUAUUCCCCGUAGUAUUAGUGACCAUACUAAUACAAAGGGACAAAAUUUGAUUAAUAUGAGUUCUACAUUGGCCAGUCAAGAUGCAGUUUUAAUAAGCACAACAGCAAUUGUUAACGAUUCAAAUGAUAAUAUUAAUUUACAACAACAACAACAACAACAACAACAACAAAGUCAGCAGCAAGAAACUCAAAAUAUAAUGCAUCAAAUUCCUCAUUCAUUACAGCAACGGCCGCAAAAUCAUCAACAAUCAUCACAGAUAGUUUUUAUAAGACCUAGAAAUCUUCAACAUAAUUCACAACAGCAACAGCAUCAACAGAACACAAAUCAACCAAAUAUGCAACAACAAAUUCAACAUUCCCAUCCACAGCCACAGAUUAUUCUGCAACAAAAAAUUAUACCAAAUGUUCCUGCUACAACUGGUGUAAUAGGUCAACAACAACAAAAACCUAACUUACAAAUACAACAGCAAAUUCUUCAGCAACGAACACAACAACCUAUUCAAAUCAUUCAAAGUCAAGAUAGUUCUCAAAUCAUAUUACAACAACAGUUACAACAAAAAUCGAACUUACAACAACAAAUUCCGAAACAAUCACCAAUGAUUAUACACCCUCAAUCACCACAAACACCUCAAUCGCAACUUCAGUCACAACCUUCCACUCCUCAAACACCACGAAUGUCCCAAUCACCACAGCAACAACCGCCCCGUACACCUUCGACUCCGACAUCAACUGGCAACAACAUCCAACAAAUUGACUCACGCACACCAACACAAAUUGCUAUAACCUCGUCUCGUGCCUCUCAACUAGUUAUGACUCCUUCACAGAUGAAAUCACCAACUUCAUCUGGGCCACCUCAAGCGCCACGCACCCCACAACCUAAUUCUAAUGGUCGUCAAACUCCAGCACCACGUACACCACAAUCAGGUAAUACUACACAAACUCAACAGUCCCAAUCGCAUCAAAAUAUUACGAUGUCUCCACAAAUGUUGCACCAACAAAUUUUACGUCAACAACAAAUACUCCAACAACAACAAUUACAAUUACAACAGCACAUACAAAAUGGACAAAGCUUAACUCCUCAGCAACAAGCGUUACAACGCCAAAUACAGCAUCAACAGCAGCAAUUAAUACAACAGCAGCAGCAAUUGCAAUUACAAAUGCAACAAAUACAUCAGCAACAAGAUCAAUCACCGCUGUUACAACAAAACUCAUCACCAAUUGUGUUGCCACAAACCCCAUCACCUUCAUUAUCGCAACAGCAAACACCAAAUUCAAUGAUGCCACCACAAUCACCGCGGCAAUCACCUGCUCCACAAAUGACACCCCCACCUCCUCCGCAGUCCCCACAACAGCAACAAUUAAGCAAUGGUUUAACUGUACAACACCAAUUAAGACAGCAAAUACAUCAAGGUCGUCACCAACAACAGCGCCAACAGCAGGGUAUGACAUCACCGCAGCAUCAAAUUGUAACUCAGCAACCCUUUCAACAACCAAUUCAACAACAACAGCGAGUACAAUUACAACAGCAGCAACAACAACAACAGCAACAAAGUCCACAACACAAUCAAACAAUUACAGUGCAUCAAUCUAAACAGCAAUUAAUUUCGUCACAAAAACCAAUUGAUCCCACAGAUCCUGUACAAGUCGCACAGAUCUUAAGUAGAUCUGCCCCAAGUCCAAAUCAUGAGUCGCUUAUUAUGCGUCAGCAACAAAUUAAACAGCAACAAUUGCAACAGCAGCAUCAGCAACAGUUACAGCAACAACAGCAGUUGCAGCAACAACAGCAAUUGCAGCAACAACAAACAACACAACAGCAAUCUCGUUGUCAGUCACCCAUACAGCAACAGCUUUUAUUAAAUCAACAGCAACAAACUUUACAAACGCAAACUACUAUUCAAUCGCCUUUACCACAACAGCAACAACAACAACAAAUUAUACUUAAUCAAGGCAAUCAACAAGUACUCGCCCAACGCCAAAUAAUCAAUACAUCAACUACGCAGGGUCAGCAAAUUAUACAAUCCCAUAUGAUCAACAUACAACAGCAACACACUUCAAAUCUACAAAAACAGCAAUUGCUUCAACAACAGCAACUUGUUCAACAACAACAACAACAACAAAAAUCCGGGUUGGUUGUUGGAACACAGCAAACUUCAACACAGACACAGAUAACGCCGCAACAGCAAUUGCAUUAUGCUCAACAACAACAAGGCCAACAGAACGUAACAGUGACUACAAAUAGUGGAGGGCAAGUUCGUAUAAUUCAACAAACACUACAGCCUGUUCAACAAACGCGGCAGUCCUCACAAAUACUUACACAACAAGUUUCAAUAAAUAAUAAUUCGCCACAACAGCAGUUGCAGCCACAACAGCAAGGAAAUAUUACACCAACGCAACAAAAUAAACCAAAAUUUAUUAUAAGUCAACAGCAAUUUAACCAGUUGAGCGCUCAACAACAACAGCAAAUUUUACAAAGUCAACAAAAUCAAAAUGUUUUCAUUGUAAAUCAAUCUAAUAUCGGUCAGCAACAACAAAUUAUGCAACAGUCACAAAUAUUGCAACAGCAAUUGCAACAACCAGUUCAUCAGCAGGCCCAACAACAAAUUCCACAGAGUCCCACUCAAAUAGUGAAACAGCAACCAUUACCACAACAAAUUUAUCAACAACGUCAGGAUUUGGAAGGUAAUGUUUUACAAUUGCAACAAGGACAGCAACAAACUCAGCCAUCAAAUCAACAACAAUUGAUAACUCAAACUCAGGUUAUUUUAAAUCCACAACAACAGCAGCAGCAGCAGCAGCAACAACGUUCUCAACUUCAACAAACAAAUGCACCUCAGCAACAGAUUGUUAUUAAUCAACAACUCGUAAACAACGUACAACGUUUACAAUACAUACAGCAGCAACAAUUACAAUUACAGCAAAAACAACAACAACAAGGCGCUAUUAUUGUUAACCAACAACAGCAAAAUACUAUUAUUAUUAAUCAACAUCAGCAGCAACAACAGCAACAGCAACAACAGCAAAUUGUUCUUCAACAGCAACAGCAAAAUAAUACAGCACAAAUUCCAAAUCAAAUUAUUGUGCAACAACAAACACAGCAACAACAAAAGUCAUUGCAAAUUCAACAAAUAGAACCAUCAAAACAACAACAGCAAAUCAUUAUUCAACAACCAAUACAACAAACAGUGCUUAUACAGCAACAACAACAACAACAACAACAAUUACCGCAACAAGCAACACCUCCAAUACAAUCACCGCAACAACAGCAGCCACUUUGGUCGCCUCAAAGCCCAGCAACACAACAACAACAACCGCAGUCUGGACAAAUUAACGUUGUAGGUAAUCAAUCUAAUAGUAACAUUGCAGUAGGGGGUUUAGCUUCACCUCUGCAACAACAUCAACUUCAAAAUACAUCCAAUCAGCAAAUACAUCAGCAACAACAGCAACAUUUUAUUAGAGCUGUUCGUCCAGGACAAUGGCAAACAGGUAUACCACCAAGUGGUUCACCUCAACGUCAAUUAAUUCAUGUAGAUGAUAAGACACAUGCACAUAUUAUGACUUUGGAUCCUGUCAAAAAAGUUGAAUAUAUAACUAAAUUACAAAACAAACAACGUGUAAUGUUAAGACAACAAGUACCAUAUCAAGCUCGCCAGGCGACACCGAAUGUAGUUAGCACAGCUUUAAAUACAACACCAAGACCGAUCGGACCUACAUCACAUAUAAUUGUACAAAGCCAAAUGCCGGCCGGAUUAACUCAACAGCAACAAAUGCAGUGGUUACAACAGCAAGGAGCUCGUCAAGUUGUAGUUCGUACAGGUGCAGCUCCUGGGUUGAGUCCAAUAUCUCAGCAACAAGUCGGAACUGCAGCACAAUUGCCACCUCAACCACAGCAGCAACAAACAUUUAAUGCAACUGAUCCUAACCAGCAAAUGUUAAUGCAACGACAACAAUUGCGUGUACAGCAAGUGCAAUUGCAGCAGCAACAACAGCUGCAACAACAACUUCAACAGCAACAAAAAACUCAGACAUUACAAGUUGUGUCGAGUAAUGUUGUAGAACAACAGGCAAUAUCGCAACAACAACAGCAACAACAGACAGUGACUGUAGGGUCCAAUAGUUUAAUCGGAGCGAUAACACCCCAAACUGUUGUUAUGUCUUCCAAUCUUGUUGCCGAUGGGCAACAACUACAACAACAGCAACAAUCACAAAUGAAUUUAAAAACAAAAACUGCGCUGGCUAACAUGCUUAGUAAUCGAUUAGGUAAUAAUGGUGGAAGUGUAUCGAUCCAAGUAGGUGGAUCAGGUAGUAUUCAACAACAAACACAAAUUAUUGGAACUCCUAUUGAUCAGAUACAUCUUCAAACACAGCAGCCGCAACAAUUAAUACAACAAACUCAAGCAUCAGUAUCUGUGCCAGCACAACAUUCAACACAGAUGUCAGUCACACAACAACAACCGCCACAAAUGCAAACUAGUGUUUUAGCUACAGGAGUUGUCCCUUCUCAAAAUGUUGUGGAGCCAUCAGCUGCUGGAACAUUACGCCUGAUGACACAGCAACGAAAUGCAGUAUUGCAACAGGCAGUCUCUUCUCCAGUAGUAAAUAAUGUAGGUGUUGCUCGAACUCAGCAAGAAAUGUUACUUCUACAGCAACAACAACAGCAACAAUCACAAGUUCGGCGACCUGUGUUACAGACUCAAAUUUCUACUACUGUACCUGUAGCUGUAGGACAGCAAGUUGUAGUUGCGGGAAAUCAGCAACAAAUAACCUCAGCUGUUGUUGGCCAUCAUCAAGUCGGAGUUGGCCCAGUUGUUGUGCCACCUGGGUUUAUACAAGGUCGACCUAAUUUGCCAAUUCCACCACGUCCUCAAUUUUAUGGACACAAUCCCAAUUUAAAAUUACCACCUGAUUUAUUUUUACUUGGCUGUACUUUUUAUAUAGUUGAGUAUGACGAAACUGAUGCUGAUGAAUUGCCUAUUUGGAAAGAAACAGUACAACACUUUGGGGCUGAUAUUGAAAAAAAUUAUAGUCCACGUGUUACACAUGUCUUGUGUCGAACACAACGUCAUGGUGUAGUUAUGCAAGCGCUGCGUGAUUCUAAACGUUGCAUCACUGCUUACUGGUUAAGCGAUAUUUGUUUAAAAAAACAAUUUAUACCACCUUGGCAACCACUGCAUCUACCAUUUCCUAGCCAAUUUGGAUAUCAAAAGCCACUAGAACGUUAUAUUGUGACUUCGAAUGGUUUUGAAGGCGAAGAAGCUAUACGGAUUCAGCAGAUGGCUGAGGAGUGUGGCGCAGUGUUCUCCACAUAUCUCUCGAAACUAACAAUGGUUUUAAUAAGCAAAAAACCAGAAGGUGAAAAAUAUAAUGCAGCAAAGGAAUGGAAUAUACCAAUAGUAAAUUCGUUAUGGUUAAGUGAUAUUUGCAUUGGAAAUUUGAGUGGGCUGUCACAAUAUGAAAAUCAAAAAUAUCAGCAAUAUAAUUUGGCCGCACCGUUUAGAAUCGAUUACGGUUUAGUACCGCAUUUAAUGGCUGCUUGGAAAUCGCCGAUAAACUUAACUCAAGAGGCGCAUGAAAGUUUGAAACGUUAUCUUGCUGAUCCACAAGUCGAGCAAAAAUCAAAACGACAAAAAAUUUCACCAUAUAAAGAAGAGCUACCGGACUCCAUCGUAUGUUUAGAGUAUCCACAAUCUGAAAAACCACCCAAAGUUUUAUUUUCACAAGUUUCAGACCUUGAUGGAUUAAAAAAAGCUGUGAUAACUCUUGGUGGUAUAGUUGUGGAUAAUCCCAUAGAUGCCACGUAUUUAGUGAUGACACGGGAAAGCCGAACCUGCAAAUUGAUACAGGCAGUAUGUCACGUUGAUUAUGUUGUAAAAUCAGCAUGGGUAGUGGAUAGUGCGAAAUCUGGAAAAUUUUUACCCUUAGACUCGUAUAAAAUACAAUACAUUCCAGUAGAUGAGAACUUGAAGUUUGAUUUGAAUACAGUACUGUGCUCUCCAACUCGACAAACAUUAUUCUUGGGUAAAUAUUUUUACGUUACUCCUGAUGUUUUUCCAUCACGAAUGGACAUAGUAAGCAUGAUUGAAUCAUCUGGUGGCAAGGUUGAAGAAAAACGACGGACAGGACUAGCUAUUACGGAAGCUUUUUCACAAGACCCUGGAUCUUAUGUAAUAGUAACAUGUCCCAGUGACAUGUAUCUAUGUGCUGAUCUGGCUAAAUAUGGAAACCCAAAAUGUCAUAUUGUUUCAACUGAGUUUGUAAUGAGUUCAAUACUUAAACAGAAAUUAGAAAUUGAGCCUAAUCUCAUAUCAUAUUUAUAUAAUAAUAAUUUUAUUAACAACAACAAAAAAACCAAAUAGCUACAAAUGGAUUGUUAACAAGUAAUAUUUGCAUACAUUAUUCAUAUAUUAGCUAUACUAAUGAACCAGUAUAUGUAUGUAUUUGCAUGAAAAAAUUUUAUAGGAUGUUCUGAAACAUAAUUAUUUUUCCUAUCAAGAAAAACUUGUAGAGAAAAAUUUAUAAAUUAUACAUUUUUUUACAAUC